GCGGAGCCUGGCUUCUCCCGCGCGCGCGCUCCGCUUUCCUCUUUGGACAUGGCAGAUUUCGAACCCGGCUCCCUGCCCGACCUUUUGCCGCUGUACUACCGCCGCGUCUUCCCCUUCGGCCUUUACGGGCGGUGGCUGCGCUACGGCGACGUGUCAAAGAAUUACUUUCAGCGAAGGGAGUUUUCGUUCACGCUCCGCGAUGACAUCUACGUGCGGUACCAGUCUUUCAACACACCCUUGGAAUUGGAAAAAGAGAUCCAGAAAAUGUGCCCUUACAAAAUCGACAUUGGGGCCGUGUAUUCGCACAAGCCCAUCCAGCACAACAUGGUACACCUAGGUGCCUUCCAGGCCCAGGAGAAAGAGCUCGUAUUUGAUAUAGACAUGACAGAUUACGAUGAUGUUAGAAGAUGCUGCAGCUCUGCAGAGAUCUGCCCCAAGUGCUGGACUCUAAUGACCAUUGCCAUCCGCAUCAUAGAUCGGGCACUCGUGGAGGACUUUGGCAUCAAGCACCGCCUCUGGGUGUACUCAGGACGGAGAGGCGUUCAUUGCUGGGUGUGUGACGAAUCGGUCAGGAAGUGGUCUUCAAGUCUCCGCUCUGCAGCAGUGGAAUAUCUCUCCCUUGUGAAGGGUGGCGAAGAGACCAUCAAGAAGGUGACUCUUCCGGACAACAUCCACCCUUUCAUCAGCGAAUCUCUAAAUGUGGUGAAGCGUUACUUCAGAGAGUAUGCACUUGUCGAGCAGGACAUUCUUGGAAGUAAAGAGAGCUAUGAAAAAGUGUUGGCUUUGGUCCCAGAGACAGUUCGAAAAGAACUGCUUCAGGAAUUCACUAAAAAGCACGAUUCAGUCAAGCGCUGGGAGCUUUUGACAAAAGCAUUGGAAAGACACGGUGGCACACUCAAGAAAAUGGCGCACACUGAGUCUGAGAUCAUGCUUCAGUACUGUUUUCCACGGCUAGAUAUGAAUGUCAGCAAAGGAAUCAACCACUUGUUGAAGAGCCCCUUCAGCGUUCACCCCAAAACAGGACGUAUCUCAGUACCAAUCGACCUGAAGAAACUGGAUGAAUUUGAUCCAUUUGCUGUUCCCACUAUAAGCCGCCUCUGUCAUGAGCUGGACACAGUUAGCAACGACGAGGGGGAUGCAAAAGAAAAUGACGGGGAGCCCGAAAACUCUCGGCGAAGCAGAGAUUACAAGAAAACCAGCCUGGCUCCAUAUGUGAAAGUCUUUGAGCAGUUCCUGGAGGAAAUGGAAAAAUCUCACAAAAAGGAACGUCUCAAGGCUAGCGAUAUGCAACUGGAUUUCUGAAGUUUUUUUGACAUUUGAUGUGCAGUAAUGAGGACCCUUUCAUGCAGCCAGACGGCUGUGUUCAUCUGCAGUGGAACGUAUUUUUAGCUGCCUCGUUAGAUUCUUGCAGCACCCAACCACUUUCAUUUACAGAAGCAGACCAAAGUAAUAAUAAUCACCCCCUAUCCAAGGGCUGGUGAUUAGAAUAGAAUUAGGAGCUCACAGUCUUGUAGGUGCCAGCAGCAGAAUACAGAGCCCAUGUGGCAAAAGGACCUGAUGUAAACUACCCGCAUGAUUAAAAUGUAAACAUUCAGCAGUAGUGUUGAAAUUCCACAUAAGGUGGGAGCCUACUCAACAUGAUGUGUCUUUCACUGGUAGCAGAUAAAAGAAGAGUUUGUAUCACAUACUAGCACAGAAAAAAUGGUGUGGUGUUGUUUCUCCUUGAGAUAAACUUCAAAGAACAGGAAACUCUGGUUGGAACUUUGAAGGAGAGGGAGCCUGGCUUGAUUUGGCUACCAAGAAUCAGAUGUGCAGGACUCGGCAGAAAACAUUGUGGCACAUUUAUGGCAAAAGAGGCAACAGGCAAUGUGCUAAGCAGCCCUGAUUACCUCAUCAUCCUCUUAUUUUCCAGUCUAGUUCUUUUUGGUUUUGUCCCCUGCCCCCAUUUUUUUAAUGCAGAAAGUUCAGUAUGCAUUUGCUUUUGCAUAGGAUGCCUCUUAGAUUAACGGUCCUGAGUUAAUGAAUGUAAGCCAGGUAUUUUCUGUAAAUAUCUGGGCAGUUUUUCAUUCUCAAGAGUUUGCAUUUUGCUCCCAAGAGAGGCACUAGAACAGACCCGCUCUGCUUGUGAGCCACCAAGCUAAAUGCCACCUGCAGGUCAUGUGUUAAGGCAGCAGUGCUUAAUUCUCAGGCCAACAGCCGAAUCUGCCUCCAAGUCUUUUUUUUUUCUGCCCACUCCUGCUACCAAAGACUCUGCUGAUUUCUAUUAGCAGCAAAAAGAAAGCAAAAGCUAAGUCGACGCAACACAGAGAUUCUGCCAGAGCUAUACAAACUUUUGGCCACACCCACUGAAACACAGCAUAAGCCAUGUCUACUUGGAAGUAUGCCCUAUUGAAUUCAGUGGUUCUUGCUCCCAGGUAAGUGACAUUAGGUUUGCAGCCUAAAUCAGUCUCUGAGUUGCAGGUAUUAUAAUAAAGCAUCAUAAGGCCUUAACGUUGCUCCAAAAUGAAUUUUUGUGACAAAGUAUCGGGGGGAAGUCAGGAGAGGGUUACAGGAAGUGUGCAUAAUAGCCAUGUGUGCAUCGCCCACCUCUGUAGUACCCAAAAAACAGGCUGAGCAGCUUGGCUCCAUGUAUUUUAUAGGCUGUGUACAUUAAUGUAUGCAACAUCUAUGCUGUAACCAGCAGUGCCUUCCCCACUUUCCUGUUGUUGUUAUCUUCUUUUUAAUUCUGUACAGGCUAAAUGUUAAGACUGUUUUAUUUUAUCACCUUAGAAGGAAUUUGUUCAUGUUGUCCUUUUUGGUUUUCUUUAUAUUUAAAGCUCCGUUGUCCUAAAAUCUUUACAUUUUCAUAAAUAAAUUUUUCAAAACAG